UUCGUGGCUCAGACGUAAACAGCCUCGGUUUCCUUCUCAGAAAGGAAGACCAGGGCAACUGUAGGAAUCACAGCGACGCGAUGGGAACGAACAGUCUUGGUUUUGAUUAAACCUUUUUUUUUUAUUACAAAUCUCCAUCAAUUUUGAGGAAAAUCUUGGGUUUGUUAAAGAGCCAGCGACCCGGGCCUCAGUCCGCGGUCUUGAGUUGAACAGUCCUCCGAUAUCAGAGCGACUGCGUCGGUGUGAGUAACAGAGCCUGGCCGCUCAUAAUGGGCGACAGUAGAGAUUCCCGCAGUCCAGACAGCUCAUCCGUAUCCUCACCCCCAUCAGGCCAGCGUUCGCCACCACUGGCCCCAUCAGCCGCCUCCAUGACCUCUCUGCCACCCAUGACAUCAGCGGUGAACAGCCCCAUCAGCAGCAUGGGCUCACCUUUCUCAGUCAUCAGCUCCUCUCUGGGUUCUCCCUGCCUUCCUGGAACUCCUUCUGUGGGCUAUGGACCCAUCAGCAGUCCACAGAUCAUGUUUCCCAGAAAUAUGGAGAUCAACUCUACCGUGUCCAUGUCGGGCCUGCACGCUGUCAGCAGCUCUGAUGAUGUGAAGCCACCAUAUGGUUUAAAACCGCUGUCCUCCCACAGCCCCGGGCCAAUGGUCUCACAGAAACGCUUGUGUGCCAUUUGUGGGGAUCGAUCUUCUGGUAAGCACUAUGGAGUUUACAGCUGUGAGGGAUGCAAGGGCUUUUUCAAACGCACUGUUAGAAAGGACCUAAGCUACACGUGCAGAGACAACAAGGACUGUAUGGUGGAUAAACGUCAGAGGAACCGCUGCCAGUACUGCCGCUACCAGAAGUGCCUGGCCAUGGGGAUGAAGAGAGAAGUGGUCCAAGAUGAACGACAACGAUCCGUUCAGGAGGAGCGUCAGAGAAACAAGGAGCGGGAAGGCGAGGUGGAGUCCACCAGUGCUGCCAACGAAGAAAUGCCGGUGGAGAAGAUUCUGGAGGCAGAGAUGGCCGUGGAGCAGAAAACCGAGCUGCAUGCGGAUGGCAGCUCAGGGGGAAGUUCUCCCAAUGAUCCGGUCACUAACAUUUGCCAGGCCGCCGAUAAACAGCUCUUCACUUUGGUUGAAUGGGCGAAACGAAUCCCUCACUUCAGUGAGCUCUCAUUGGAUGACCAAGUUAUCCUGCUGCGAGCCGGCUGGAAUGAGCUUCUGAUCGCUUCAUUUUCUCAUCGAUCCAUCACGGUGAAGGACGGCAUUCUGCUGGCCACUGGUCUUCACGUGCACAGGAACAGUGCUCAUAGCGCAGGGGUGGGAGCCAUUUUUGACAGGGAGAGUGCGCACAAUGCAGAGGUUGGGGCCAUAUUCGACAGGGUGCUGACGGAGCUGGUGAGCAAGAUGAGGGACAUGCAGAUGGACAAAACGGAGUUGGGCUGUUUGAGAGCCAUUAUCCUUUUCAACCCAGAUGCAAAGGGAUUGUCAAGCCCAAGCGAGGUGGAGCUACUGCGAGAGAAAGUCUAUGCAUCACUGGAGGCUUAUUGUAAACAGAGAUAUCCUGACCAGCAGGGAAGAUUUGCUAAACUCCUCCUCCGACUGCCAGCACUGCGUUCUAUUGGAUUAAAGUGUCUGGAGCACCUGUUCUUCUUUAAGCUGAUCGGCGACACCCCAAUCGAUACCUUCUUAAUGGAGAUGCUUGAAGCUCCUCAUCAGCUGACCUAGUCUGCACCGUUCUUGAUCCGGAUCAGUCCGGUUUGCACCAGGGUAUCGCAGUCCCCCUGGACUCUGGGGCUUUACUGUGUCUCACUUUCCACUUACACCUUUCCCAUUUAUCCCCACUGCACCUUUAAACCAGUACAGCCCCAAAAAGGACUUCAGCUGUCUAAAAAAAAACAAUCUUGUUUUCCAUGUAAUGUUUUACAGAGAGAUCUUAUUUUUCAACUUAAAUCUUAAACUUCAGUUUAAAGACUUCAACUUCCAGUUUUAAAAUAAUGGAUUCGACAGAUCUGUCACUUAGGUUUUUAGAUGUUACGUUGAAUGCACAAACUGUUCUUUUUCGUUUUGCGCUGCAGUUAAAAUAGUCUGCCGGCUGAACACAGUGCAUGUGUUGACUGCGGUGAGAAUUUUUAUCCAGCGAGCCCUUUGGCUGGUACGAAUCGUUUCGUUAGUCCCAGAUUGCAAUGUGACUCUGGAAUACUGCUAACAUGUUAUAUUCGGGCUUUAACCUUGAAAUCAGACUUUGUACUGUACUCAUGAAAUGAGUCAUUUAAAAAUGGCAUUGCUGCAUCUGGCUUAUAUGAAAUGCAGGCCAAAGUUUUACAUUUGUGAAUAAUGUAUGCAGGCUUUUAACGGUGGGGCAUGAAUUUUUGAUCAUGCACCAAUGAAAGCCUAAAGGCACAGAAUCUUGCAGGAAAAUCCUGCUCUUUUAGCGGCAAUAGGAGGGUCGACCUUGUUUUUAUUUUUUUCCCUAAUGGGAAUGUUAUUAAAGUUGUUAAGAGAUUUUUGGUACCUUCUAGAGGACCAUGUACCUUCUGCCAUUUUCAUAUUUCCCAAUCUUUUUGAUAUUUUCCUCAUUUAGGAAAUCCACACAAUCCCCCUCGGAAAAAAAAUUAGAUAUUUAUGAAGUGUGUGUGUGUGUGCUGUGAUGUAUGAAUAUGUCCAACCACUCUCGUCCUUCUCUUGCUUUAGGACACUUUUUAUUGUUUUGUGUGUAUUCAACAGUGAAGAAAUCGGUUUCUAAGCAAGCUCCUGGUACUUACGAUGGCAUAGAAAACAACAGGUUUUCAGGUAGAAAUUCAUAAAGGACCUUUUACAUUCCAUCCGUACAGGUCACAAUACUUAUCUCAUAGCCGAUAACUGAUUCCUGAAGCUCACUAGUUUGUCUGUAAACUUGUCUGUCCUAUUCAGGGAGACUAGGAUCACAUAGCAGUUCAGGUUCUGUGAACAGCCAUUGCUGUGAAAGGUCACAACCAGCAUACUUUACAAUCUCUAUGCAUUUAAGGAGGGUAGCAUAGUCUUGGAGAUGAGUUAAAUUCAAUUUCAUGACGCUUGAUAACAUUGGUCGUUUUUUUAGCCGUUACGCACGAUAAUUUAUUGAGCAAGCACACCAGUAUUGAUGAUGGGUCUUCAUAUUUACCUGUUGGUUUUGGGUGUUCAGGCCAAAAUCUGUAUCAGUAAUUUUAGGUAGUGACUUGGUCAAAUACUGACAGUAUUUGGAGAUUUUCGCAAAUGUUCCCAUCUGUUUGGUGCUAAUAUUGACAAAGGUUAGGCAUAAAUGUUAACAUCGACCUAACCCACUAGUGCAUAACACGCACCAAUGAUUAAAAAAUAUGCAAUGUACUCAGAUAAGCUUGAAUUCGAUAUAUAUACCCAGAUCUACACUUCUCAUCUUGAAGUGUAUUGUUGAUCUAUAUACAAAUACAGUUUUAUACAUUAAUCGGGUGAUUAAUUUACUAAGUAUAAUUAAUCACAAGCAGAAUUUUAACUUAAGCUACAGAUUUUAGCUUGCAAAUGAUUUUGAAGUGGUUUACAGAGGUGUUCAAGAAUUGAGUUGUGCUUUAUGCCACGAUACAUGCUUGCCGUUGACAUGUGACUGAAUCCAGACUUCCAGUUAAAGCUGUGUUCCUUUAUAACAGUUGUUUCUGCUUGCCAUCCCUUCCCUGUGUUUUCUUUUGUUUUGUACCGUUGAGGAGAGAUCCUGUCUUGCGGUUUUUCAAUGUGAAUCACGACCGAUUUGUUGAUGCGUAACAGUUUAAGUUUCUCGUAUCUGUGAGCUUGUAUGUGUGUGUGUGUGUGUGUGUGUUGCAGAAUUGUAAUAGGUGCCCUGUUUUUGUUCAAAAGUCCUCGUGGUGAGAGACUUCAACAAAUUUGUAAAGAUUUUCUUAAAAUAGUGCAAUGGACCCAUCUCUUAUUACUUGAUUCCAGUUUACCGUUAUUGAAAUCGUGAAACUUUCACAUGGCCGACCCUCCCUGUAUUUUAGGGUCCACUUUUUCUCCCCUUUGUUAUUUUAUCAUACUCAUGUCAUUUAAGAGCCUUUACAUUAGUUUAAAAAUGAAUAGAUUGAAUAAUAUAAGGCAUACACAGGUUUUUCACUGUCUCAGCCGCAACCCCAUGAUGCACCUGAAAUGAUAUGAUACUGCCAAACAGGUGCGAGUCGUCUUAUGGGUGUUCCUGACCCCAAAUGGUUGACUGUGUACUGUGAUGAUCACUAAACGGAGCCCCUUUUAUAUCUAUUUAUAUAGAGUUGAGCCGAUCGGACGUUUAAAAUGAAAAAGAGGGUUCUGUUAGUGCUUUGUACUUAGGCCAUGGUGCUGCAAUUUUCGUCAGGUGUGGAAAGCCCUCCUGUUUGUGUAUUUGAAGCCGUGCGGCGCUCUGAAAUAUGCACAGUGCAAACUUGAAUUAAUCUCUGCCUGAGAAUGACGUGGUUGUGCAUGUUGCCGUCUGAGAGCUGAUUCACUUUUAUCUUCAUUGUCGCUUAUCAGUGAAUGUUUGUUUGCUUCUUUAAAGAAAGAUAUGCAUACGACGCAAGAGUGAAGUCGAAGCAUUUGCCAAGGUGUAGUGGUUGUCACGAAACCUUUUUUUUAAACAUGUCCAGGUCACGUUUUGUUUCAAAAUUAAUAGACAGUUUUUGUUGCUUUUAAAGUAUAGUUUUUCCUUAUUGUACAUUUGAUAUAUAUAACAUUGUAUUACACUUAUGACCAUUUAGAAUAAUGGAAAUAUAAUUUAAAAACAUUUGUGGGGGUAAAUGUGUAUGUUUGUAAAAAAAAAUCUUACUGGUCUAAUAAAUAGACCAUUAUGCAUUUUUUGUUUUGUUUUGAAAUGUGAUCUGGACAUGUUUUUAUUCAAUUCACUCAUACAUUGAUGUGUUGAAUGAUAUUACAGCUGAAUGGGGAGGGAUUGUUUUUGUAUUAAAUGGGUGGGAUUAUGAAGAUGGUGAUUGUUUAAGAUUGUUUAAUGGGAGCUUAAAAGACUCCAAACUUGAAAUGAAAGAACUUUCUUAAUUACACCCACCAAAAAGAAACUUUUUUUUGCUUCUCGCUGUGUUUUCCUAUGCUUUACAUCUUUGUGUAUCCUGAUGUAUUAGUGCAAAAACUAUUAUUUGGGGUGUUUUCCUCUUACGCCCUUCUCUCUUUACUUUUUCUGUCUAGUUUCUAAUCUGUCCAGCAAUUGUGGAAGUAAUUGAGUGUACUGAGCGUGAAGGAAGAAGUUUGUUUUUUCUUCUUUUUGCUUUGUCAUUAAUUCAAAAUCUGUUUUUGUUGGAUGUAUCAUGUGUAAGUAAAGGUUUUAUUACAGCA